AUGGUUUUAAAGAUAAAAAUGAGCUGCUGGGUCGGAGGAGACUGGAUGUGCGGCGCCUGCCAGCACCAGAAUUUUAAUAAGAGGGAAGCUUGCCAACGCUGCGGGUACCCCAAGUACGGCAGCCCCGAUGUGUCGACUUACUUAUACAACAACAGUUACAAUAGUGCUGAAGUUUUAGCCGGGGACUGGUACUGUUCCGCCAUGUACUGUGGGGUUGUCAACUACGCUAGCAGAACAAAUUGCUAUCGAUGUGGUUCGUUGAAAAAUGAUUUUGUUGGUAAUUAUAAUACAAUGGGCUGUGAUGGGACUGUUCCCCCUGGAUGGAAAACCGGUGACUGGAUUUGCACCAGAUAUGGAUGUGGAGUUCACAAUUAUGCUAGCAGGAUCGAGUGCUUCAAGUGCAAGACCCCAAGGAAUUUUGGUAAUAUAUAUAGCAAAGAAUACCGGUAA